AUGGCAACGCUCUCGGAGUUGAUUGGCUUCUCCCCUUCCCAAGGGGGAACAUUCGCUUCGACCUCCAAACUGGCCGGCGUAAGUUCGCCCCGUGCGAACUCCACGUCCCUCCCGACCGUGGCUCUGACCCGUCACCGCUACCUCGCUAACGACUCACAGACCAGCUUGGCCACCGAUCCCAACCUCAAUCCAGACCGCAAGUUCUAUCUUAUAUCUUUGAACAAAUUCCCAUACUGACCCAACCCCCACAGUCUACCCGAACUGGGCCGGCGCAGCCAAAGAGCUCGGCACCGACGUGCGCGCCGCCUACGUCGAGGCAUUGCAGGAUCAACAGGCACGCGAACGACAGCAGGAUAGAGAUUGUGUGUCUUUUUUGAAAGAGAUUGGAGCCAUGUGGAACGAUCAGGAGCUGAACGCUUGUUUGAACCCCCUCAGACCUCGAUCGAGCGCAUGAAUUUGUCGAAUUGAACGAACAGGUCGACGUCAGUUGUAGGCGGUCUGGUCAUCACCUGCAACGACUCCGCGUAUUGAUUGCCCGCGUCACAUCACAGACAAGUACGAGUCUCUUGAAAGAUUUGUCCGCGUUCCUCUCGACGUUUCAGCAGGACCUCUCGGCCGUCUCGGGCCACGUCGCUGACCUUCAGGGGCGCAGCAAAACGAUCGAAGGGCGACUGCAGGCCAGAAAGGUAGGAGACCCCAUUCGCCUCAGGCGGAUGAUCCGAAUCUGGUACUGACGGGAUACUACUCUCCUCCGCCCCACCAUGUCCUCCACAGGCCGUUGAACGUUCGCUCCACCCCUAUCUCGAAUCCAUCACCCUCUCCCCACCUCUCAUCCACACCAUCAUCGAAACACCCGUAGGCGACCACUGGAUCGAUGCCAUUCCCGAGCUGGACCAAAAGCUAGGCGCCAUCAAGAGUGGUCCCAGGAUCCAGGGUCGCAAAGCAUUGGAUGAGAUUGCUGAGGCUCUUCGUGUGGCUGUGAGUUCGGUGCAGCCUGACCCAUUGGGAUCGCAGCAGUUGACGCGACGUACUCGACGCAGGCCGCGCAAAAGAUCUUGACGCACUUGGUCUCGCUCAUCAAGCCCUUCACCACUUCGAUCAACUCGCCCCUCUCCUCGCUGCAAACGUUCGUGCUCCUUCCCCUCAAACCUCUCUUUGAUUUCUUGCGUCGUCACGCCGCUCGUCAAGCGCACGAGUUUCAGAAAGCCUACACGAACACGAUGAGAUGGUACUACGAGACCGGCUUCCGACGCUACGUCCGAACCUUGGAAAAAGUCAGGGUCAAGGGCGUUCAAGUCCCCGAGCCGAUCGGUGUCGUCGGAGCAGGAGCCGAUGGAGGCUUGUCCUUACUGGCCAAGAGACCGGCGAAUCAACAUCCCUCGGCGACUCCCACUUCCGCGACGGGAGGCUUGAACUCUGCGAUCGCCAACUCGAGGGUCGAAGGUGGUCCACCGAUCAUGACCGUCGCUUCGACGACCGACAAGACUUCAACGCCGACCAAACCUUCGCCCGAAUACCUAUUCCGCUCCGCUUCGUUGGUCAUGUCCGACAACGCCGAAACGGAGUAUGCGUUCCUAUCGACAUUUUUCGGGACGCAUUCGUCAUUGAACGUCAACGAGCCUAGAACGCCUUCCUUGUUCGCUGCCGAGGGUGCGAAUGGAGCCAAGGUGCCUCGCGCGGGGGAUACUUCGACGGCGAGUUGGAUCUCCGUCUCCGGACCUGGACAAGCGGGGACGAGGACACCUUUGGACGAGGAUGAAUCAGGUAGUCAGUUCGAGUUGGAGCUCAAGUCGAAUUCGGGUUUGUCGAUGUCGACUUCGAAUUGGAUGACGACGACGACGAGGGAGGAGAAGAGCGGGAGGUUGAAUAGGACCGUGGUGGAGGGGUUGUGGAAGUUGGUCAUGGAACCCGCGCAGGAAUACAUGAGGGUGAGUGUUUAAACUCGCUGUCUGUGAAGGAGGAAACAGCGACUGACCUGCGUGAGGACGAUCUUGUUAGAACUUUACGGCCGCCUUGCUCGACCCUGCCUCCCCACCUUCACCCAUCGCCCUGCUCUCCAUGAUACGUCUCAACGAAGCGCUCCUAAACCGACUCGUUUCCGCACCACCCGUCCAAGUGAUCAAUUCGACCGCCAUGCUCCAACAAAUGCAAGACGAAGCCGAACAACCACUCCAACUCAUCGUUCCCUCCAUCCCAACCUGUCCAGCGAUGGAAGCGCAUCUCAUCUCCAUCCGCAUGCAGCUCUGGCCUCUCUUCGUCAGCUCGAUGAAGAACGAGCUUGAUUCGAUCAAAGCUAUCAAUGGGUCGGGUUCGGGAACGACUUCUUCGAUGGCGAGUAUGUUUGGGUCCAUGACGGGUGCGAAAACGGGUACGGGUGGGGCGGUCAAGGAUUCGGUGGUGAGGAUCAUCAUCAGAAGGUAUGCGGAUAUGUUCAACACCGUUCUUGAACUCGCGGUGGGAACUUCCAAUACCUCCAAAGCGACGACUUUGAUGGAAGGUGAUGAUCAUCCGACUCGAGUCCAAAGUAGUGGACCGAUCGGAGAGGAUCACCUUCCUGUGGUGUUUGAUCAUCUGAUCAAACUGAGGAACGAAGUCGACAAGUUGUUGGUCCAUCAAGCGGACAAGAUCCAGGAUCCGGACAAGAGGGGUUUGUUCCUGAAAGCGCACUACCAAGAGAUUGGAGCGAUCUUGUCGGUGAGUUUUUUUUUGGCGCGCUGGCCCGGGGUUCUCGUUCCUUAUGAAGUACUAGGCUGAUACAGCUGCUUUCCGUGCGAACGCCAGGGGGGAAGCAACACGAGUCAUUCCAAGAGUCAAUCCGAGGUGGCUCAUUAUCGGGAACUGGCCAGGAAGUUGAUGUAG